UAUUUUGAGCGUGAAUUUAGCAAUAUUGACGUAUCCUAUUUGGGAUUCCUGUGGCAAUGCGGGGGAGAAUCCAAUAUGGCGGCUUGCUGCAUGUGAUAUGCUCCUGAGCAUAAAUGCGCCAAGUUGUGCGUUGAAAUGGAAGAAUUUAUUGGAGUAAAGUAACAAAAUUUGUGAUGAAUGUGGUACAAAUUUAUUUGCGGACUUUCAGUCGGUGCAAGAAGUACUAUCUCCUUUACAAUGUGACUCCCUACACGAGAUUGACUCAAAGGAUUUUGUGUAGUUCAGCAUCAGCUUACAAUACCCCUGAUUCCCCAGGGGGUGGUAGUCAAAGCUCCCCAGGGGGUGGUAGUCAAAGCUCCCCAGGGGGUGGUAGUCAAAGCUCCCCAGGAGGUGGUGGUCAGGAACAAGGAAACGGAAUUGAGAGAUUUGCUUAUGGUUCUGACUCAUUUGCUAAAAGAAGAAAAGAUUCACCUGGAUUAUUUCAUCUAAAUACUGUAAGCCUACCCAAGCAGCUUGAUGCUAAUCUCAAGGAGUUUUUUAAAAAGUACCCAAGAAAAGUGCUGCAAAAUGAUGGGCUAAAGCUUGCCCGGCAUCUUAGAAAUAGAGGAAGACCCACAGAGACAACAUGGAGGAAAUACAAGAUCAGCAAAGCUGCCAAGAAAGCCAAAGCUGUUGAGGGAACCAUGGAAGAUAUUCUCAAGCUAAACGCAGAGCAAGAUCAAUUAGAGGAAUCUACAUCAGAGUACUCUCUAGAGGAAGAUGAAGGAAAAGCUAUAACAAACUCAGAUGAAGACACACCAUCAGAGCAGAAAGUUACUAAUGAGGGACCAGACAAACAAGCAAAUGAACUCAAGACUAAAAGGCCAAAGAGAGAAGAAUACAAGGUCAUCAGGUACCAAGCCAGGGAAUCGGCCGCAUUUGCUGCAAGUCGUAUCCCAUCAUGUUACGGUUCAACUCUGAGGGUUCUAAAUGAGAUUUCAAAGAGGGAACCUGAUUACAAACCAGAAACUCUGAUGGAUUUUGGAUCAGGAGUCGGGACUGCUAUAUGGGCAGCCCAUGAGACCUGGGGCAGCUCACUAAAGGAGUACCAGUGUAUCGACAUCUCAGAGCACAUGAAUAGUUUGGCGGAAUUUCUGCUGAGAGGUAGUGACAGCUACAGACAGCCUCUCUAUAUUCCGCAUGUGUACUUCAAAAGGUUUCUUCCAAUCUCCAACAAGGUUACAUACGAUGUUGUUAUCUCUUCAUAUUCCCUGAGUGAAAUACCUCAUGUGGCAUUGAAAAAAGAAGUGUUGAGAAACCUCUGGGCAAAAGCCAAUGAUUUUCUGGUUCUGGUAGAGUAUGGUAAUAAUGAAGGUUUUGAGACCUUGUUGGAAGCAAGAAAGAUAGUUGAAGCGGACCAAGAAAUAAGCAGAGACAGCAUUUUGGAAAAUGAAAGUACAUCUGAAACAUCUCAGGGUGUAGAUGACUAUCAGACCAGAGAGGAGUUUCCAUUUGAGACAACUACCACAGAGGAAGGCUUUGUUUACGCACCAUGCCCACACGACCACCCAUGUGCCAGGUCAGACGCAGGUACCAGAGACCAUCCAUGCAACUUUGAGCAGAGAGUGCAACUAUCGCUAGUGGAGAAAUUUACAGGUUUGAAAAAGUGGGGCUAUGUGACGGAACGAUUCUCCUACCUUGUGCUCCGUAAGGGAGAAAGGAGAGGCUCAGAUCAUUCGUGGCCCCGUCUUCUUGAGCCUGUCAGGUUACGCGGGAAGCAUGUCAUUUGCAGGCUAUGCUCCAGUAAUGGCGAUAUAGAACAAAAAGUUUUGUCGAAGAAGAAAGAUAGUGAUGUCUACAAGUGUGUUCGCCAUCUCAGCAAAUGGGGCGACUUGGUAGCGUUGCCUGACGAUAGGGUGCGACCGCUGAACAACCCUGACAUCACAGUAACCAGGAGAGGCAAACUUAGGAAAUGAACGGAUUCUACGAUUUGCAAAGCGAUAUAGGUACUGGGCCGCCGAGCUUGUUGGAAUCGUAUGGAAGUUAUAUUGGAUUUGUUAUAACAAGCCAAUCCGAGGUAAUAUGACGUAACCCGCGAAAACCAACGAAAAUUGGGACAGAAAUAUAGGUUUUCUUGUAGCCGUGAAUUUUUCUGCCUAGGUUAGUUUGGGGUGAGUCUCGUGGUCGUUUGUGGAGGGUCCACGAUAGGAGUGUACUCUAUUUUCCCGCGAGCUCUCUUCCUGGUGUUUUUGUUGAUCAGCCAUUUACUAGGAAGGGAUGGACUGGCUCGGAUCAGAAGCAGGAGUAGUAGGUAGCCCGUAGUUGUAACGACUGAUGCGGGCACAAUAGAUGAAUUAAGGGAAGACUCGAUGUCUCAAUGUUUUUUUCUUGUUUCUCUGAGUAUUAAAGCUAGCCGGCUCUCCGGA